AUGGACACGUUGACCGUUGUUGUUGAUAAAUAUCAUAUUAUUUCUAGCCGAGAAAAUGAUUAUUAUUAUGAUGAUGAUGAUGUGAAAAGAAUACAAGAUCAAAGUCCCGAUGUAUCGUUAUCAAGUGGACCCAUCGAACCUUUAGGAGAUGAUAAAGAUUCAGGAAGCGAACCUGAAAGUAGUCACAACGAUAUAAAAUGGUUAAAAAGUCAUUUGAAAACUGCAACAUUUGAAAAAAAUAAAUUAGAAGAAAUAGCAGCACAAUUAUUGGAAAAAGCAGAAAGGUUACAAUAUGAAUUAGCUGAUGCUAAAGAAGCGACUAAAAGUAGAGACGAAGUUAUAAAAUUAUUACAAGAACAAUUAUCCAAAAUGGAAACGGCUUAUACUAAAAGUUUAGAAGAAUCCGUACAUAGCAGACUACAAUUGACGUCACACGAACAAGAAAUAUCACAUUUGAAAGAAAUUUGUUAUAAAUAUGUUGAAGAAGAAAAAACGUAUAAAGAUUGUAGCGGAAUUGAUAAUUCUGAUAUGAAAACAACAAACAAUGUUGAAAAAAUGGAAUUUAAAAUUAAAAGGUUAGAAGAAGAAAAAGAAAAAAUGAAACAAGAAAUAGUUAAAUUAGAAAAUGAAAAAACUACACUUGUUACACGGUUGAAAGAAUUAACGGAAUCAUCGGAUAUAAUAGAACAACGUCAGCGGUGGAAGGAGCGGUCAGUUAUUACAUAG